AUGGCCGGUCUGGUAUUGUUCGAGGCCCGCCGCGAAAGCCGCGCCAAAGCGACAGACUUGAUGCAUUUGGUUCACCACGUGUGCAAAGAAGCGAGCGGCCUCGAAUCCCUAUUCUUGAUAUCGAAGAGCAAUUGCGCAUUCGCAAACUUCAAAGACGAACAUACCUGCGUGACGGCUCAGCAAAAACUGCACGACUCCAAGUUCCAGUCCGUACGGCUAGUCAGUCGCCUGCGCAAGAGCACUGUUGAAGGUGCAACAGGUGUUACGGCACCCACCGGCCCAGCAGCAUCUUCCGGGUCGCAAACCCCUCACGACGCCACGACGCAGCCGGCAACUACGGAGAACCCGACAGAAGACGCAGUGUCUGAAACGAACGAAGUCAAACCAGUCGCCGCCGGCGUCGAGACGACACCUCAGAAGGACAAGUUCUUCAUCUUGAAGAGCUUGACUGUUGAGGAUUUGGAGCUUAGUGUCAGAACAGGCAUCUGGGCAACCCAGUCACACAACGAGGAAACCCUCAAUGCUGCUUUCAACGCUGUUGACAGCGUAUACCUUGUCUUUUCUGCGAACAAAUCGGGCGAAUACUUUGGAUACGCGAGAAUGACCUCCCAGAUAAACGAAGAUCCUGCGGCUGCGAUCGAGUUUGCUCCCAAGGCACAGUCCGCGAACGAUGUUGAUUUGCCCAAAGCGAUACCAACCGAACCCACCGAGUUUGCACCCAAGGGCAGGAUUAUUGAUGAUUCGGCCAGGGGAACUAUUUUUUGGGAAGCAGAACGAGAGGACGGAGACAGCGGGGAUGAAGAGGAGGAACAAGACGUGGACCAGAGCGAUGCGAGCAGCAGGAAGAGCGGGAAUCAGGAAGUCGACGGCACUACGAAGGCUUGGGGCAAGCCAUUCAAGCUCGAAUGGUUGUCGACCGCACGCCUGCCGUUCUAUCGGACCAGAGGGUUGCGCAACCCGUGGAACUCAAACCGGGAAGUCAAAAUCGCAAGAGAUGGUACGGAGCUGGAGCCAUCGGUCGGCCGGAGGUUGAUUGGACUCUUUAACAGAGUGCAGAGUCCCGGUCCCGGAUCUGUGCCGGCGGCUAUGCGACCUGGUAUGGCUAUGGUUGCAGGCUAUCCACCCAUGAGACCACAAUACCAGCAAUAA